AUGGCGACGAUGAACUCCAGCGUGCUGGCUUGCAGCUACGCCCUCUCGGGGGCCUCCGACGCGAGCUGGAAGCUCGCCGCUGCCCCGUCGGCGGCGCCGGCCAGCGCCUCCUCCGGCCCCAAGCUGCCGGCGAUCCGCGCCCAGCAGACUCGCCCCGUAGAGUCGAAGGAGCGCGAGGGGAGGAGAGCCGCCCUCCUGGGCCUCGCCGCCGCUGUCUUCACCGCCACCGCCGCCAACUCCUCCCCCGCCAACGCCGGCAUCAUCGACGAAUAUCUCGAGAAAAGCAAGGCCAACAAGGUCCGUCUCCCCCCUUUCCCCUUCCUCUCCGUGGAGACAAGCUCUCACAACCAUGGAUUGCAGGAGCUGAACGACAAGAAGAGGCUGGCAACGAGCGGGGCCAACUUCGCCCGCGCCUUCACCGUGGAGUUCGGUAGCUGCAAGUUCCCUGAGAACUUCACCGGCUGCCAAGAUCUGGCCAAGCAGAAGGUUCAACCAAUACUUUUAACUUCCGACUACCUUCUUCAACCCCCCAUUUUCGAUGACAGUCGCCCUGAUCUCUCCCUUCUCUCUCUCUCUGGUCAAUGCAGAAAGUACCCUUCAUCUCCGACGACCUCGAAAUCGAGUGCGAAGGCAAAGACAAGUACAAGUGCGGCUCCAACGUCUUCUGGAAAUGGUGA